AUGUCUCGCUAUGAAGCAGUUCGCAAUAGCGAUGGCGUUUCACCUCCUGAAACACCGCUAUCUGAACCAGACAACCCUGUCUCCAUCAUUGACACCGAGACUUUACACGAAGCAAUGGAAACUGCCAAUAGUUCGGUGGGACCCAAGUCCUUUGUCAAUACUGAUAUGGACCUGGACUCUUCUAUAUCUCGGAUUGAUACAAAGUCUCGUUCGCCAGGUCAACGAUGGUGGAGAAGACUGGGGUAUAUGGGGCUCAGUGUUCUGAUUGCCGGUACAGCGUGUAUCCUGAUAUCAUGUUCUUUUCUUAUCUAUCUUUGGUCUGGGGCCAGCAGGGCGCGGCAUCGCCAGCAACGACCCCAGCUAUGGAACGGCAUUAUCUUCAGAGAGUGGUCAAUUUCUAUGGUGACUAUCUGCUCAGCUACCCUUCGCGUUGCAUUGAGCUUCCAAACAGGUGUCAUGGCGGCCGCGAUCGCCGCCAUAAUACUUGAGACUUGUGGGGUCAGAUUUUGCGAUAUUGCUCUGUUUUCACUACACAGAAGCUCAAGCUCGGGUCCUUCAGCAAUUCUUCCCAGUGUCAUGAAACAGUGUCGCGCCAACAGGCUGUCUAGUAUUGCCUGUUGCUUAGUUCUUUUUAUGACAUUUGUCAUUGCCUUGGCCUCAACUUUCACAUCUACAAUUCUUCUUUCUGACUUCGCAAUCUAUAAGAUUUCUGGAUUGAACGCGACCAGAAAUAUUCCUAUGGCGUUCAACAAUACAGCGCAAAGUCGGGACUUCAAAGGCAUUUCAUUCUGGCAUUCGCUUCCAUUGGCUCACUGGAGAUUUGCCAGAGCAGAACGUGGAAAAUCCAUAUCCUCCGACGAUGUCAUCGAUACAGGUGACCUCUAUCGAGCGACGAUACCGUUUUAUGAGGCAGAUGAUAGAGCAUCGCUGGAGUUCUAUCGUGGACCGGCCAUGGUCACAAACUCACGAACUGCCUGUGUCGGGCCAACCUUUCAAUCCUUCAAAAUCGACUACUAUCCCGUCAGCGAUCUUUCAUCUCCGGAGCUCAUACUCCGAGCGGAAUUCCAGGCCUACAUUGACAAAUUAUUCGACAUGAGAGAGGAAAAGUAUCUUCCCAUGACAGCUGAGUGUAAACUCAUAAACGAUUGGGACGGCGGAUCUUCGGAGUGGCCAUUGACCAUGUGUAGAAUCAUUCCCCAGGUUUCCCCGUAUCAGAAGAUUUACGAUUUCUACCCGAGACUUCUUGUCACCUCGAAGGGUCCUUUGAACAUACCUCUACAGAUGAGACGUGAGGGUCGUUCUCCUUUCGAUGAGGAGCAGUCAUAUGAAGAAUAUCUGAAGGAAUAUCUUGCCCCAUUCGCAAAACUGAAAGCAAAGAAAAACGGCCCCUGGACAAAGGUAGUCAACGACGACGGUUAUGAGGUCUUGGAGGCAACGGUCUGUUUUACCCGGCAAAUACCUGAGAUAAUGUAUAACGUGACUAUUAUGGGACAGGCCGUAUCUACGGAAUCCGGCUAUGGAGAAAGUGCUGACAAGGUUUUGCCGGGUCGCUUGCAACAGACAGACGGUAGCUAUGGUCCGUAUCGCUCGAGCGAUGUUGGGGAUCUGCAUUUAUAUGACUAUCGGAACCUGACGAAGUACGCGGCUGAGGAGCACGAACAUGGUGUUCGGUACGAUCCAUAUGGCUUUGCAGAUGUGCUCGAUAGCAUCGAGCUAAGUGGUUGGACCCUCAGAUUGUCAGGCGUUGGUGAUCAUACCCCGCGGUUACCAAGGACCUGGUUCAUUCACCCUGAUCAUACAAAUUUCUUCCAAGAGGUAUUGAAAAGAACGAACAAUCCAGCAUUAGCUCUCUCGGAGUUAACCUACCGAAUCUAUCAAAUGUACUUCUACUAUUGGCAGCCGAACUACGAUAUCAUCGAGCAAGCCAAUACAGUCAACGCGGUAGCAGUGCAACUUCCUCGCCGAUGGACAGGGCUUAUUAUUGUCUUACUGAUAAUAUUUGUUCAUUUCAUCACACUCACAAUUACCGUUAUUUCAUUCGCUCUGCAUACAGAAUCUUCGAUGUUGGGGGAGCCAUGGCAGGCCGUGUCGCAAGUUCUAUCGCCUGAAACGGAGGGGCUGAUACCGGAGGGCGCCAAAGGAGCUAGCAUGGCAGACAGACACGUCAAAGAGUGGGCGAAGUCGACAGGUCGCAACGUAGGAUUUUAUAGCGUGAUUCAGCAUCGCGAAGACCAGGAAGCUAAGAUCCAGAAACGUCAAACUUGCGGAAAGUAA